UAAAGCAUAACUCAAUAAGCUCUCUCCCAAUAGAAGUAUUUUGCACUUGUUACGGCGGUGGUAUCGACGGCGACGGCAACGGCAACGGCAACGGCGACGGCAAAACAGAGCGAAGGUUAACGGUAACGCGUCUCUCUCCUCCUACCGAUAGUAACCCUACCUGUUGCAGGUUACGCCUCCUCUUGCAGAGACCGUACUCGAUUUCUCCCAAUACGAACUUCAGUAUCUUUGCAGAUUUCUCAUCAAUACAAACCUCGGCAAACUCUCGAGGAUCUUGAGUGCAGGAUUUCAGUUAAAUUGACUCAUCAAAUUGGUCAGGAAGGAAAUGGCGUCACGUUUCCAGGCUGCUUUACUCGCUUCUUCACCAUCUUAUCCCAAUGCAGUUGCCUGGUCUGAUGAGAACAUGGUAGCCGUUGCCACUGGACAGCUCAUUUCAAUCAUGAAUCCUGCCAAUCCUAUGGGACCUCGUUCUUUUAUUAAACUAUCAUCCGACAAUCCUUUCCCUGUCGGUUUUAUCAAACAAGAAGAUUUAAUGUCAAACUGCUUGUUGCCCACAUGCCUGGCACGUGAUACCGGUGCUUACGUCCGGGCAAUUUCAUGGUCUCCAGUUGGACUCGCAUCCAAUGCAGGUUGCUUGCUUGCUGUUUGCACCAAAGAAGGCUAUGUAAAAAUCUAUCGGAUGCCAUAUUGUGAAUUUUUUGCAGAGUGUGUAGAGGUUGUUAAUAUAUCAGAGAUGCUCUGUAGUUACUUGAUUCGUACAGGUUUUGGCGAGACAAGCACUUCUAUUUCAGAGUCUAGUCGAGAGGAAGCUGAUAUCGAUGAUUUGCCUGUAGCUGUAAUCUUGAAGCAGAAAAGGAAAAAAAAAAGUGUAUUGCAGAACUUUGGGCGUAGACCUUCAAAGAGAUUAAAGUUUCCUGCUGUAGAUAGUAUGAAUGGGUCUUGUGGUUCAAUAACUACUGCAAAAUCUAUUAUUUCAGUGAAGGAAGUAUCAUUUUUCUCAUGUUCCCUUUUGAAAAAGGGUUCACCAGUUGAGGUUCUGAAAACAGAAGGAGAUGAAUCUUUCUGGAUAGCUGGUACACUUUGUAAACGGAAUGGUUCAAAUGCAUUGGUUACUCUUCCUGGACCAGAUGGAAAUGGAAAUUUAAAUGAAUGGGUUGAGAUGAAAAGUGGACUGGAUAUUACAAAUGAUCCUCAGGCUAUUCAGAAAAUUUCCCCCAAAAUCCGACCUUCUAUGAAGAUGGGAUAUUUUCCACAGCAGGUGUUGAAUAAUUGUCAAGGAUUGGAAGAGAUUCUCAAAAUAGGAGACCCAAUGGAAACUUGGAUAAAGAACAAGUGGAUUGAAGGGGUGUAUACGGGUGUAAAUGAAAGUGGUCUUCUGGUGAAGUUGCCUGGAAACAGUGAAUCUGUCAUGGUACAUCCUAGCUCUGUCAGAUUGUUGCCAUUGUGGAAUGAUGAGCAAAGCUCUUGGGAAGUUACUUCAUUGGAGGUUAAAACAAAGGAUUCAAAUAUAGUAAAGGCGGUUGAUGUUGAAGCUGGCAGCAGUAGUGGAUCAGAUUAUUUGGAUCAAAUUCCUAGAUCGAAACGAAAAAAACUGAAGAAUCCACUCAAAAUCUCCACUCACCCUCUAAUAAAUGUUGAAACUGACAACAGUAGUGGAUCAGAUUAUCUGAAUGAAAUUCGUAAAUCGAAACGAAAAAAACUGAAGAAUCCAUCCAAAAUCUCCAGUCACGCUCUAAUAAAUGUUGACGCUGACAACAGUAGUGGAUCAGAUUAUCUGAAUCAAAUUCCUAAAUCGAAACGAAAAAAACUGAAGAAUCCACUCAAAAUCUCCAGCCACCCUCUAAUAACUGCACUUCAAUAUGCUUCGCGAAGUGAAAUGUUAUCAUCACUUGUUGUUUCAUGGUCGCCGCUUAUUUCUUUAACAUCUGGCAUCCAGUCAGUUUCUGAUCCUAAUACACGGAAAUCUUGUUCUAUACUUGCAAUUGGGGGGAAGUCUGGAGCAUUGUGGUUUUGGAAAUUCAUUGAGCCACGAUCCUUCUCUGUUAUGCCCACAAAGGAUUUAGCUGAUGUCUCACUUGUGGGUUUUCUUCAUGCGCAUAGUGGUUGGAUCACUGCAAUCAGUUUGAUUCUCCUUCCUUCUGAUGUGUUGAAACCUCAGCUUUUGUUAGUCACUGGAAGUUCUGACGGGAGUGUGAAGCUCUGGAGAGGUUGCAGCAAGAAGUUACUCGAAUCAAAUGAUGUUAAUGAUGCUUCUUUUUCUCUUUUGAAAGAGAUCAUAGCUCCCGAUUCCGUCCCUGUCUCUGUAAUUACUCUUACUGGUUGUGGAAGUUCUUCUCACAGAAAUCAUUUAGCAGUUGGAAAAGGAUCUGGUUACAUUGAAGUAUGGAUAUUUGAUGCAUGUAAUGCUACCAGCAAAUUUCUCAAGGUUGGAUCUAAUAAUGCGCACAACCACAUUAUUACAGGUUUAGCAUGGACUUUUGAUGGACGAUGCCUAUACAGCUGCAGUCAGGACAAUGUUUUGCGCUGUUGGAUUGUAACUAAGAACAAUUCACUGAAGGAAGUACCUAUUCCUUCGCAUACUCCUGAACUUAAGAGUUCCAUUGAUGUUCCUAAUGUCGUUGACUCUUGCUUAGGUCUUGCAGUAUCCCCUGGAAAUUUAGUGUUAGCUGUGGCUCGUAGUUUUGAUGUUGAAACCUUAAAUCCAAUGUACGAGUUAAGGACACAGAAGGCAAUUGUUGAAUUCUUUUGGAUUGGCGGGCAGGAACAAGGCGAACCUUUUGCUGAUUUGACCGGAAGAGAAAAUUGGGAACGUAACAUCUUAUGGUCUUUGAAUCAGUUUGAAUCUUCGGACAACAUCAAGCCUGUUGUUAUUUGGGAUAUCGUGGCAUCAUUAUUAGCCUUCAAGCAAUCUGCAAAAGAGUUUGUCCAAACCACAAUAACUAAAUGGCUUGCUUCAUUAGCAAAAACCAAGCAUGACUUGGCUAUUUCUAAGAUCUUCUUGAAGAUCACGGCUAAGGUUUCUAAACUUGGUUUUCGUCAACUGCAACUCAUAAAUGUGAUCGGAAGGCGCGUGGCAGGGAUAAAAUCUGAUUGUGAAGAUGCAAAUGCAUUAUUAUCGUUUGAGGAGGAGGAGGAGAAUGGCGACGAUGAAUAUCAGUCUCUAUGGAUGAAGCUACUUUGGAGAAGUGAAGAAGAAGUUCGAGCAAGGCUUGUGACUGAUAGUUUCUCGUGUUUCCUAAAGGAUGAAGGCUAUGUUCCGGCUGGAUUAGCGCAAAUGAAGAAGUGGGCGGUGCUUAACCGAAGUAGCCUUCAGGAUAAUGUAAAGAAACUUGAAGUAGAAGUUGGGAAAAGUUUGAAAAGGCUUGGUUCGGGUUUGAAAUACACAGAAGAUGAGAAAUGUAGUUACUGCUCGGCUUCUGUUCCGUUUGAAUCUGCUGAAGAAGCCUUCUGCAGAGGUGAAGGAGGAGGGAGUUGUAAUGGUAAUAAGAAAAAUAAUAAUAAGAUGCGUGAAAAAAGACAUAAAAUGGAGCGAUGUUGCGUGACGAUGCAGGUAUCGUGUACGAUGAAAAUGUGGUAUUGCAUUUGUUGCACCAGACGGGCUUCUGGUGAUUUUUUGAUGCUACCCUCCAGAAAACCGAUAUGCCCUUUUUGUGGCAUACUGAUGCAAAAAAAGCAACCUGGAUUCUUGUUGUCUGCAUCACCAGUGUGAGUUAUUCAUAUCAUCAUUUUCAAAGGUUAAAAAAACCACUUGAAAGUGUCAAUGAAAUAUAAACAGUAGAGAAGAAGAUUUUUUAUUUA